CACGAAGUUAACUCCCCUGUUGCAAGCGCCCAAGCGUUUUUAGAAAUAGAGUAAUCCACCGCCAUUGAACGUAUUAUUUUCGUUUGAUUCCCUGAUUAAUAUCCACUUUAAUCAUGAAGUUGGUUCGGUUUUUGAUGAAGCUUAGCCAUGAAACUGUAACAAUAGAGCUGAAAAAUGGAACACAAGUACAUGGAACUAUCACAGGUGUAGAUGUUAGCAUGAACACACAUUUAAAAGCUGUCAAGAUGACAGUAAAGAACAAAGACCCCCAACAGCUAGACUCGUUGAGUAUCCGUGGGAACAACAUUCGCUACUACAUUUUACCAGACAGCCUUCCCCUAGACACACUUCUCAUUGAUGAUGCACCUAAGGGAAGAAUCCGAGGUAGUGGAGGUCGCCGGGAUGAUAGGGGAGGACGUGGUGGGAGUCGAGGUGGUAGCCGAGGUGGUGGUGGUGGUCGUGGAAGGGGUCGAGGUGGUCCCAGGGGACGUGGGCGGGGUCGACGAUAAGAGACACACCCAUCUGUCACUCAUCCAAUCAUCUCUCAGAACAUUAUUGUCACCUUGUUAGCACAUCUGUGUACAUAAGACAUUGCAAACAAAACAUUGAGGUCUCUACGCUAGACAGUUCUUACUCCUUUUUAUUAGUUUGUCUGGAUUUUUUUCAUAGAAGAAAGAUGUCUGGAUUGUUUUCAAAGAAAUAAGUUUAGGUGUUGUCAAAGCUUUGGUUUUAUAGUAUCCAGGCACAAACUUUAACCUUGACAAUCAUGCCCAAAAACAUUCCAUUCAUUCAAAUAAAACUUAAAACACAUGUUGUCAGGGAAAAUACACACACAUAUAGCUAGACUCAAAACUCUAGCUUUAAUAAUAGUUGGGAAAUGUCUCAUGUUUGAGAUAAAUUCACAAAGGCAUUGGGUCCGCAGACAUCAUAAGGUCUUUAUAUGGAGUUUCAACUGUUAAGCGCAAAGUCCUUGCAUCGUUUAUAUUGCAUAGGCAUGGACCAUUAAACUGAAUAUAAAAUGCAGCUGUUACCGUUAAGAAUUUACUACAUGUUAAUGAAAAUUAAGUGAUGAUCAUGAAGAUGGUAUUUAUGUUGCUUGUGAUGUGUUGCACUAUCCAAAGGAUGCUAAUUAGUGCAGAUGAAAUUUGCCUGUUUUUGUAUGACAUUUUUAUAGUACAGAACAAAUUUCAUAUAUCUUUGAAUUUAGCCAUUAAUUUUGUGUUAUACUUAAAAUAAAUGUUACUUAAGGAAAAGAUUUCAUUCAGAUUACAUUUAUAUGUUAAUCUUGUUGAAUAAAAAAAAUUGUAGCCAAGAUCCAUUUUAUUUUGGCACUUGUCAUCGCAAAAUUCACAAUUAUGAUAACUUUGCAAAAGCAUCAUUGUGGAGCUUUAUAACAAAAAUUCAAUGAAGUUACUCCGAACAUGUUUAAGGUAAUUAUUCUUUGUAAACCACAUAUACUGUUGAACAGUUUCUCUUUGUCACAGUUGUGAGUAGGUAUUAUUAGAUGUCCCAGUAUGUCUGGAAUCUUCAAUGUUUAAGUUAAAUUGAAAAAAUAAAUUAUGUGUAUGUUGUAGGAGUAAUUUUGUUUUUUAACUGUUUUAUUUGAUGCGCUAUAUCUUGUUUAUUGGAGAAAUAGAGACUUAAUCCACAUUUCUUGAUAAAACGCUUUGAACGUUUCAGGAGAUCUGUUGCUGGUUACAUGUGUUAGCGCAUCUGUGUAAUAUUCUUUUUUUGUACAUGUAAAUAAAGACAUUAAACAUUA